UGAACGCAGCACAGCCCCUUUCCUCUGUGUAACAGGAAACACUUUGAACAGCGCCGCAGCCUUUACUCAGCGCGGACAGGUGACGUUUGACUUCAGGUACUUUAACAAGACAAUAAGAUCACACUUAGAAUAUGUUAAACCCAUCCUGAACAAACGUAAGCAUCGGUUAGCUUCGUUAAGUUAGCGGUUAGCUCAGUUAGCAGUUAGCUUAGUUAGCUUAGCUCGCUGGCACGGUAACCAGGGAGACACAGGCAGCGUUCAGGGACAGUCUGUUGCUGAUGGCUCCGUCUCUUACGUCUUUGAACAGUGUCAUCACUCUGAAACGGUGAACUCACAAACCCGUCACCCUCACCGGUGGUUUUCACACAAUGGCCAAGACUCCACCAUGUUCCUCCGACUCUCCUGCUGAAUGCUCUGAGAGCGUGGUGAGCAGCAGCAGGAGCGUGGACGAUCCUCCUCCUUGUGGUUCAAAAUCAGGUUUCACUCAGAGGGAGUUCAUGAUGGUGCCUCCAGAGGAGAAGCUCAAACACUUCAACAGCCGAGCUCAAGCCCAUGAAGACAACCAGGAGUUUGAUGCCUGCAUCCAGGACCUGGUGCGUUGUGUGGCUCUGACCAGGCUGGUUUAUGGGGAGGGACAUCUGAAAGUGGCACAGGCCCAUGCCAGACUGGCUAAAGCAUAUUUCCAGUUAAAAGGCUGGGGACUGCAGGCCCUAGAGCACUCGGCCUUGGCCAGAGAGCUGCUGCCCGUCUGCUCCUCCAUCUCCUCCUGCAGAGGUGAAAAGCUCCGAUGUGUCCUGAGCAUUCACCUCACACAGGGAGGUGCUGCGCUGCUCACAACCAAUCUUGAGGAGGCAGAAUCCUCUUUUCUGAGGGCAGAAGAAGUGCUUAAGGAUCUUCAUCAACACAGUGCCAUCGACGAGGAAGACGAGAUGAAGACUGCGCUGGAAAUCUCCACCAGUCUAUGCAGGGUCUAUAAGAGACAGAACCGACCAGAUGAGGCUUUAAACCAGUGUGAGAAGUCUCUGCAACUGUUGAAGGACGGCGAUAAGCCAGAUAAAACCUGCUCUGUCUACAGAGACAUGGCCGCCAUUGAACAGGACAAAGGUCAUAUGGACCAAACCAUAGAGCAUCUUUCAAAGGCUCAUGCCAUCGCUAUGAGACACAGCCCAGGGGCGUUAGAGGAGGCUCAGAUCUCCCACAGCCUGGCCCUCAUCCACUCUGCUGCAGCAGAGCCCCAUCACAAUGAAUCUGCAGGUCAAUACUUUGAGCAGAGUCUAAGUGCCUACAAGAACUCUGUAGGUCCACAGGAUCCAGCCUUCCUCACUGCCCAGGAUCACUUCUGUCGUUUCCUCCUCCUCAAUGACCAGCAAGAGAGAUGUGUGGAGAUCCAACGAACCUCUCUCACUCCGAAGAGGUUUGCGUUCGGGGACCUGAGUGCUGAGGUUGCAGACACCCUUCAGCUAAUAGGAAGUGUGGAGAUGAGUGAGGGCAGGAUGACGCAGGCCCACAGGACGAUGAAGAAGUGCCUGGAGAUCCAGAAUUGGAUGUGUGGGCCUCAGCACAAGAAGACAAAAGCUACACAAAAAGCCGUGGACAUGCUGGCCCGGGCACCAGAAGUGGCUGACAGACUACAGAAGCAAAGUAGAAGAAAAACAUAACUUUCCAAUUGUACCAUCUGACAAUGAUGGACACUCACUAUUUGACCCUUGAAUGUGUAUUUUUUUAUUUUGUCGUUACAAUAACUUUGAGGAUUUGUGUUACAUUAUACAAGUAUCACUGCUGAAAAUUUGUUUGAAAUUUCUCUAUUUGUGUGGAUUCAGUGUCAUUCACACAGUGUAGUACCAUGGAAGAAAACAUUACACUCACAAAAAGUACCCACAAUAGCUUUUAAUCGUGUUAAGAAAUGAAUCAAUUACAAAGUUAUGGCUGGAACCAAUUUUAAACAAAGCAAUGAUAGUUUCAGAAGAAAUCAUCACUGUAUGUCAAUAACAGCAACGAUGCUGGGGUAUCCAUGGUGAACGUCCUCAAUCAACACUGACUCAAACAUUCUUAACACGUUUGUAAAGGUUUGUUUACGCUCUGACAUGGCACAUGGUGUUCAGAUUACAAUGUGUAUAGACAUACAGUAUACACUUACACAAAUUCCUUGUUAAUAUUUUAAGUGUAACAAUGUAAUAUCUAAAUUACCGCGGUUAGCAGAUGAUCAAAUGUUUGGAGAUCAACUGUAUCUGGGCACUUUAAUGCAACAAAUUUGAAAUAGAAGCUCUUUUUUGUAAAGAUGUUUAUAAAAGCAUGGCAUUCACACA